GGCCUUUCCUCAUGACGUAGUGUCCUGUGCCUAUCCCCCCCUCUCCCUCUCCUUUUCCCCUCCCUCCUCACCCCCCUCCCCUUCCCCUCGCAUCCUUGGAAGCAACAAUUAAGCAGCUCUGGGAUAAAACACACAGCCCGCGGGAGCACGGGGGCAUUGCUUCAAGAGAUGGCAAGGCAGGCAGCUGCACCCUUCCUCCCCGGAGUCCUCCUCCUCCUCUCCAUCCUCCCGGCUACUCAGCAAGGAGGGGUUCCUGGUGCUAUCCCAGGAGGGGGAGUCCCGGGAGGAGGCUUUUUCCCAGGUGCUGGAGUUGGAGGUUUGGGAGCAGGACUCGGGGCUGCAGGAAAACCUCCCAAACCAGGGGUCGGAGGACUUGGGGGACUUGGCCCCCUUGGCCUGCAGCCAGGUGCUGGGGGUCUGUUCCCUGGAGCCGCCUUCCCCGGGGGGGUGUUCCCGGGAGCUGCCUCGGCUGCGGCGCUCAAGGCUGCUGCAAAAGCUGGUGCUGGCAUUGGAGGCGUGGGUGGAAUUGGUGGUCCUGGUGGCCUCGGGGUCUCCACAGGUGCCGUGGUACCGGGCGCGGUGCAGCCCGGCCUUGGCGCGGCAGGGAAACCCCCUAAAAUACCAGGUGCUGGGAUUCCUGGAGCUUUUCCGGGUGGUGUGCUCCCCGGUGCAGGUGUUCGCUUCCCUGGUGUGGGGGUGCUGCCUGGAGUCCCCACUGGAGCUGGAGUCAAGCCUAAAGCCCCAGGAGUUGGGGCCUUUGGAGGAAUCCCUGGACUGGGAGGUUUUGGAGGUCAGCAGCCCGGUGUCCCUCUGGGGUAUCCCAUCAAAGCUCCUAAGCUCCCAGGUGGCUAUGGACUGCCCUACACCAAUGGCCUCAGGCCCGGCGGGAUAGGAGCCGGUCUCCUGGCAGGAAAAGCAGGAUACCCCACCGGGACAGGGGUCGGAGCACAGGCAGCAGCAGCGAAGGCAGCAGCGAAACUCGGAGCCGGUGUCUUGCCCGGGGUUGGCGGCAUCCCAGGAGUCGCACCCGGUGUCGGCGUCGGCGUGGGCGGUGUCCCAGGAGUUGGAGUCGGAGGACCGGCAGCAGCGGCGGCAGCAGCGGCGAAGGCAGCGGCAAAGGCGGGAGCUUUUGGUACAGGGGCAGUGCCCGGAGUUGGAGGUGUCCCUGGCUUGGUACCUGGUGUCGGAGGUGUCCCAGGGGCCGUGCCCGGUGUCGGAGGUGUCCCCGGGGUGGCAGGGGUGCCGUCGGCAGCAGCAGCAGCAAAGGCAGCUAAGUACGGCGCCGGUGUUCCCGGUGUCGGUGUGGGCGGCGUCCCCGGCCUCGUGCCCGGAGUUGGAGGUGUCCCUGGCUUGGUACCUGGUGUUGGAGGUGUCCCAGGGGCAGUGCCCGGCGUCGCAGGUGUCCCCGGGGUGGCAGGGGUGCCGUCAGCAGCAGCAGCAGCAAAGGCAGCUAAGUACGGCGCCGGUGUUCCCGGUGUCGGUGUGGGCGGCGUCCCCGGCCUCGUGCCCGGAGUUGGAGGUGUCCCUGGCUUGGUACCUGGUGUUGGAGGUGUCCCAGGGGCAGUGCCCGGUGUCGCAGGUGUCCCCGGGGUGGCAGGGGUGCCGUCAGCAGCAGCAGCAGCAAAGGCAGCUAAGUACGGCGCCGGCGUUCCCGGUGUCGGUGUGGGCGGCGUCCCCGGCCUCGUGCCCGGAGCUGGAGGUGUCCCUGGCUUGGUACCUGGUGUUGGAGGUGUCCCCGGGGUGGCAGGGGUGCCGUCAGCAGCAGCAGCAGCAAAGGCAGCUAAGUACGGCGCCGGUGUUCCCGGUGUCGGUGUGGGCGGCGUCCCCGGCCUCGUGCCCGGAGUUGGAGGUGUCCCUGGCUUGGUACCUGGUGUUGGAGGUGUCCCAGGGGCAGUGCCCGGCGUCGCAGGUGUCCCCGGGGUGGCAGGGGUGCCGUCGGCAGCAGCAGCAGCAAAGGCAGCUAAGUACGGUACGUGCUGUGUGUGGCCCAGGUUCACGUCCCUGCAAAACCUAGUGGGAUCCUGGAAUGCACGCCACUGGCUCUAGCAAGACACGGAACUUAGCCCUCUCCUGCCCUGCUUGGGUCUGUCCUGGAAGUGGCUGUGGAUGCUCCACUCUCCAGGCCACAAUGAUGAGACAGAGCCUGAAGAGGCCCAACCUCUGAGCUGUUGCUGCAUCAAGAUCUGAGUUCUCCUGUCUCACUCCCUGCAGGUGCUGGCGUUCCUGGCAUCGCUGGCGUUCCUGGUGU